CUCUGGCCGUCGGAGGCGCCACUGGCUCGCCGGCAGGAAGAGAGGGCACAUCUCCAACUCCGCGACGGCGACGGCGACGGCGAGGGGAGGAGGAGGAGAUGAAGCUGAAGCAGCUGGAGGGCCUCCUGGGGGGCCUGACCCAGUUCUCCGACCCCAAGGUGGAGCUGGAGCAGUACGCGACGGGCCCCCACAUCGCGUCGAGGAUGCUCUACACGGCCGAGAACAGCUUCGAUGACAUAUCUGGUAAAGUGGUGGCUGAUUUUGGGUGCGGCUGUGGUACCCUGGCUGUUGCGAGUGCUCUGCUGGAUGCUGAGCAUGUUACUGGUAUUGAUAUUGACCUCCAGUCCCUUGAACUUGCUCAAGAAAAUGCUACUGAUCUAGAGCUGGAUAUCGACUUAAUUCAGUGUGACAUAAAGAACUUAAAUUUAAAAGGCCUUCUUGUUGACACUGUUGUCAUGAAUCCUCCCUUUGGGACAAAAAGAAAAGGAGCUGACAUGGAAUUCCUUUCUAUGGGCUUGAAGGUUGCAGCUCAAGCUGUCUAUUCUCUGCACAAGACCUCCACGAGAGAGUACAUCAAGAAGGCAGCCCUGCGCAAUUGCAACGCAAUCAGUGCCGAAGUUCUGUGUGAGCUGCGCUACGAUCUACCUCGGACCUACAGGUUCCACAAGCAAAAGGAGCUCGAUAUCGCAGUCGAUCUGUGGCGCUUCGUCCCUCAAGCUCGAGACGAAAGGGCAAGCUAGCAGCCUAGCAUGACGUGGCAAGGUGACGAGGUCGUGACAUCACGCUCGUUGAACCACCACAGCGUGAUGGCUGGACUUGCUAGAAGAAGGAAACGCAUGGGCGAUUUACACACUUUUACCCCCCUUGUAAGCGGCAGGCAAACCCCAGUAGUUUAGCAGCCAUACCCACCCUGGGCAGUGAUAGGGCUUUCCAGCACAUUGCCAGGCAGGUUUGGUGCUCUCUCUGUGCCAGCACUUGUUCAGUUUUUUUUUCUCGUUUUAUACUAUCAGAGAGAAACAGCGUCUUGGAACAAAAUUCAGAGUUAAAUCGGCGAGCAUCGUCUCUGCGCCCAGUUAUUCUCUGCAAA